AUGAUCGAUAUCGAGGGCUUCGCUCUACUACCCGACGCAAGUCCCAUUAUUUGUGAGCCGACUCCACCAAUGACCAUGUCAUCCCCCGACCUAACUCAUGUAUCUCGCAUAGCGGAUUCUACUCCUCGACCUGCCCUGGAUUUCCCCGCCGAGCUGCUUGAGAUAGUCAUCACUGACGCCUGGCGCUCUGUUCAGCGGAAGUCCUCGCGCAAGUGCUUGGAUGACUUUGGUCCUCAAGCUCCUGCCUGGAAGCUGUACUACGCUCUCCGUCUCGUCAACCGGCAGUGGAGCGACAUCAUCUACGACGUGCACUUCCGAUACGUCUACAUUCAAGGAUGCUGCGACUUUGAAGAGUACUACACUCAUAUCAAGGAGAACGCUCGUGCGUUGGAGCGCACGGCGGAAUGUGCGCUCAAGGUUGCAUUCUUCCCCCUUCCGUACUGCACAGACGACGCUCUCCACUACCCCGUAACCCCGGACCGCCUCGUAAACCUGAUCCCGGCAUGCAAUUCCCUGGAUGUCGAAACAGAGGAUAUUGACAUCACGGCAAUGCUAGCCCAUUACGACCGCAACGGGCUGACAUCCCUCCGACUUGGGACAGCGCUAGACGGGUGGCCCUUUGACCUUGCGCCGGAAGAAGAACGGCUAUCUCAAUGUACUAACACCCCUUACCUGCCCCCAGCCGUCGAACCUCUCUUCCCGAACAUCCGCUCUGUCGAAUUUAUGUGCGAGCCGGACCCCGUCGCGCUCUGCCACUUCCCGAAUAUCACCUGCCUGCGUCUGCACCGCGGGUUCAACCUCGCGUAUCUGCGCAACCACCUCCCACCCACGCUCGAGACACUUGUGCUGCACGCCCUGACGUUCCCCGACUUCAGGAUCACGGGCGUCCCCGCCAUGGAGCUGCUGUUUCAGUGGGAGAUCGUCAGUGCGCUGCGCUGCGGCUUCUGGCAUGGCCAGGACGGGAGGAGGAUGCUGAUCGAGUGUGGUGAGGGGAAGGCCGUCAGCUGGCCCCUGGAGGGCAGGACGCCCGAGGAGAAGCUCGACGACGGGUGGGAUGCGGAGGCGGAGGCGUGCAGGGAGCGCGAAAUCGAGUUCCGGCGGCUUGCCACUUGCACGCCAACGCGUCACGCGCUCUUCUCGCUGUGCCAUAAGCCGCUCAGGGAGAAAACCGGCGAAUGGUUCCACGCGGUAUCUCCAGAGGCGCUCAUGGCUCUCGUCCCCACUUAUCGCUGUCUAGCGUUGUGUCCGACAUCGUCCCGUUCCUAUCGCACUUUCGCGGGGCGCACACCGGCGUCUGCCUCGGGGCCCUCCAUCGACGGCACCGUCCCUCCCGCAGCCUACUACGACGAGGCUCUCGCGGACCUGGACAACCCGGCCUCGGUAGUGCAGCCGGCAUUCCCCAACGUCUCCUCCGCCGCGAUCGACAUCAAGCCGCACCGCGCGACGCUCCGCUUCCGCCUCGCUCUCGCUACCGCGGCUGCGGCAACACUUCCCUCCCACGCUCGAGACGAUGGGCAUGACGAGGGCGAGGCGGUGUACGAUUGGGCGAUCGAGAGGGCGCUGCAAGAGGAUUUGUGGGAGGCUCGGCCGCCCCUGCGGAUUCUGGUCGAGUGCAGUGACAUGGAGGUGCUGGGGUGGGGCACGGCGAUGGAGGUGUGUAAGGAGCAUGGGAUCGUACUAGAGCGUCUGGGGUGGGGUGAUGAAUGA